AUGGCUCCUAAUCAUUCAAACCUCGGCCUGGAGGAGGCAGAUAAUGAGAAGAUUGACAGUGACUUGCGUCAACUUGAAGCUGUACAUGAUACACACUUCUACAACAUAGACCACGAAAUUGAGAAAAAGGUUGUUCGGAAACUUGACUGUGUUAUCCUUCCUCUGAUGGUGCUUGUAUACUUCUUCCAAUACCUCGACAAGCAGACAAUCAACCAGGCCGCAAUAUUCGGGCUGCGAGAUGAUCUCAAGCUAACUGGUCAGGAGUAUUCAUGGGCAGUAUCGUUAUUUUAUCUGGGCCAGCUUUGUUCAGAAUACCCAGCUGCGAUCAUGCUCUCCAGAUUUCCUAUCACUAUUUAUGUCGGGGUAACUAUCGUCUUAUGGGGUGGGGUAAAUAUGUGUCUGGCUGCUGUUCACAACUUCGCGGGCCUGGCAGCGGUGCGCUUCUUCUUGGGGUUCUCCGAAGGCAAGACUUACUUCAUAGACCAUCCGCUUCCAAGACUAAGUAUCCUACUAGGGACUGUCUCCCCAGCCUUCAUUAUAAUUACGAGUAUUUGGUACAAACGCCAGGAACAUCCGAUACGCGUCGCUACAUGGGUAUCAAUGAACGGUAUAGCGAAUAUUAUAGGUGCCCUCAUGAUGUAUGGUAUUGGCAAGGGAAACAUGUCACUCGCCCCGUGGCGCUCUCUCUUCUUGAUUUGCGGAGGCUUGACCUCCGCGACUGGUCUACUCUUCAUUUUCUUGAUGCCCCGAGAUACGACUACUGCUUGGUUUCUGAGUCCACGGGAGCGAGAAGUGGCGACCCAGCGCAUGGCAAUCGAUCGCGCUACUCGGGACCAUGCAGUAUUCAACAAAGCUCAACUCAAGGAGGCACUCUUGUCACCGAUGACAUGGAUCUAUUGUCUGAUGGGUAUCUGUAUCACCCUCACGACCCCCAUAAUGAAGUACAGCUCCACCGUCAUACAUGGCUUCGGCUACUCAACAUACAAAACAAUGCUUGUCGGAACACCAGCCGGAGCAUUCAAUUUCAUCACUGUCUGGAUCGGCGCCAUCAUCCCCCGCAUCCUGCCUGGAACCCGAGUAUACACCGCCAUUGGUCUCUCCAUUGUACCUCUCCUAGGAUCAAUAUUGCUCAUGACGCUUCCAUAUUCCGGCGGUGCGGACUGGGGAAUAGUGGUGGCGACCUGGCUUGGAGGAUGCAGCUCUUCGUUGAUAAGUAGCGCGGCCAGCAUUAUCGCUAGUAACGUGAAGGGUAAUACGAAGAAAAGUAUCGUGUCAACUGCUUUCUUCGUUGCAUAUUGCGUUGGAUGCAUUGUUAGUCCGCAAGCUUGGACGGAGGAUGAUGCCCCUCGGUAUACGAAGGGGUGUAUUUUGAGUAUUGCGGCCAUGGCUUGCUUGAUUUUUACGUUUGUUUUUUACGUGAUUAUGGUAAAGAGGUUAAAUAGGAGGCGUGAUCAAAACGCACGAGAUGGUUAUAUUGAGUAUAUGGUUGAUCGGGGUGAUGGUGGUGGUCGUAUGGGUGUUUCUGUGGAUUCAGAUCAAACGGAUGUUGAGGAUAAGGCUUUUAGGUAUACAAUUUGA